AACUGCAUGGCAUUGUCCAAUACAGGUAUCACAAAUAGAACUGAAACAGAGUGGGUUGCAUUGAUGUGCUUGUCAUCUACUGAUGGAGAGCAGUGUCUUCAACCUUUAGAAUAUCAAAAUCUGCAACCUUAUCAGAAGGUUUCAAGGAUACCUGGGUUAAGAGAUGUUUUGUGGAGAAAGGAUGCUCUUUGUGCCACAAUUUACAAAGCACAACAUACGAUGGCAUUACAGCAUUCUCCUGUUUCCCCAGCUUGUUGGGUUCUUCCAAAUCAAUUGAAUGAGUUUAUUCAGACUUUUAAAGUCGUGGGUAUGCAGCAGAAGUGGGUAAUAAAGUCAGCAAAUAAUGGGCGAGGUCGUGAAGUCAAAGUGAUAAAGCAUGAAGAUGUCUAUAAAUUGCAAGCAAGUUCAUUUUCUACUCGAUCCAUCAUACAGGAGUACAUUCCAAAUUUGCUGCAUAUUCAGAAAUCUGAGAUUAGUGUUACCGUAUUUGCUCUUGUGACAUCAGCCUCACCAUUGAGGUUGUAUUUACAUAAAGAUGGCUCUGUCUACUUUAGAGAAUCAAAGGCAGGUGUUUUAAGAAAGACUCCUAACCUUGCUUGGAAUCUAACUCAAUUAUGUCAGUAUCUUCGGAGAACACACGGUGCUUUGGCUGAACAAAAAGCAAUCUACAGCAUCAAACAAGCAGUAGUGACAACUCUUUUAAUAGCUGAACCUUUGCUUAAAAACAAAUUUCUUCAAGUAUUUGGAUCAGAAAACAUACGUCAUCAGACAUUGUAUCAAUGUCAGCAUUGUUUUCAACUACUUAGUGUGGACUUGGUGCUUAAUGAAAGCUUUCAUGCAUUUGUGUUAGAAGUAGAUGGACAACCUUCUUUAUCUAGUCUACUUAAGGAGAAAAUGAGUAAAAUCAGAAAGUGUGCCGUGGCUGAAGAUGCUGUCAGGUUGUUGUUUGAGAGUCGCCUUGUUGCUCGUAGAGUGGCUAAAGCUAUUGAAUCAAUCCCAGACAUUGACAGUUUCAAUUGUGACUCGGAGCACAGUUUGUGCUUGUCUGAUAGGGAAUUAGUUUAUCUAUUAGACUUGUUCAGAGAGAGACAUUUUAGUGGCAACUUUGAACAGAUAUAUCCCACUGUUGAUGGUGGGAUAUAUGAUCACCUAAUUGCAGAUCUGAAGUCUGAAAGAUCUUUUGAUCAGCAUGAUCAGCAUACAUUGUCACAACGGUCAACUGUUGAACUUCAUAAGUUCUUAACACAACUUAUGCUUAAAUCCCAAGAAGCAUUGCCAAAAUCACAGUAUAUCAUUUUCUCUCUGUUUAGACAAUCAUUGCUUACUAAUGGUGAUUAUAGUGAAGAGAGAGGUCAAAGUCAAAGUAAUUUUGCUGGUCUUGCACAUCAAACCACAGAAAGUGGUUAUCAAGAAUCACUCAUUAACAAUGUAUUUGGUGACGAAUUACUACCCCGUGAAGGCAAGCAGACAACUUACAGCUUUGACAGUUUAAUUUUUUGUUUACAUUACUUUAUAGAUGGAUGCUCUGAUGAUAAAGAGAAUUUGCCGUAUUUGAAGUCUUUGAUUGUUAGUCAAGGACAGCUAAAUCCAGCCUUUCAUCCGUCUCAAACUACGUACAACAUCUAUGUAGGACACGAAACUACAAUAAUUACUGUAGAGGCCGUGGCAGCUCAUUGCAAAUGUCAAGCAAGGUUUGGAACAAAACUGGGAAGAUCUGGAUCUGUUAGAUGGGUAUUGGACAUCGGACCAAACACCAUUACUGUUCUUGUGACUGAUAUAAGCCACACUGAUGUUUGGAUCAUGCAAGCUUACGUUGUGUACAUUACAAGAGCAAAAGUGGCCGAUAGCAAACUGACACUUAAUCCACGUCUUGGUCAUCAGGUGUGCAGUCUUGUACAGGAAUGUGAUAUGGCUGUGUUUCCUGGAAAGCGAUGUGGAUUGCAGCAUAUGUCCCACUCUUGGCUGGAAAUGAAUGAACGGAUUCAAUUGUUGCCUUCAUGUUAUGGUUCACCUGAAGGUCGGUGGAUACAGCCAUGUCGUAGCUGUAGUGAUCGUUUGUCGUGUUUAUGGAGUAAUUCUACAUGGUUGCCCUAUGAUUGUGUUCACAGAUUGGUACCUCGUCUUCAACUAAAGUACUGUUGGAGAAGACGAAAAGUAAUGGUGAUUGGUGACUCACUUGUUCGUGGUAUAAUGUAUUACAUGCUAGAACAGUUAAAUGGUACCCUCAAUCAUUGGAGUAAGAGUCAUGGUGCAAUUACAUAUGCUCAUGUGGGAGAUGGAAUGUCUUUUACAUUUACGUAUUAUCCUCAAUUCUGGUUACCGAUCAAUAAGAGGCCCGUCUUUGAACGAUCUCUGUAUUCUAUGUUGAGGAAGCAACUUCCACUAAGAAACAGCUCUCAAACCGUUCUAAUAAUUGGAGGUCUUCAAUGGCUUAAUGAACAUCACCUGAAUACUACAAAUCGUGUGUUGCAGAGAAUGGGACUGACAAACAUUAAAGUCAUUGUGAAGGGCUAUGGAAGUGGAUUCACUCAACCUGCCGAUGACAUUCUAUAUCAUGAUUUUGCUGGCCAACAGAAGUUAAUCGCUCGUGAAAGAGAAGUCAGGAGGGCCGCAGAACGUGUUGGAUUUCAUUACAUCAAUACAUUUAACAUGACCAUUGCCAGAUACAAGCAUUUCUUGUAUGGUCGAUGUUCAUGCCACUACCAUUCGGUGGAGAAAUUGGAUGAUGUUGACAAUGACGGAAACAACACAAUGCUUCGUGAUCGCACAAAGGGUGUGAAGUACACGGUCAGAGGGAAGUACACAGUCAAAGGAGAAAUCAAUGCACUCUAUUCAGAAAUACUAUUGAGCUCAAUUUGUCACAAAGGUAAUGAUUAACAGUUUUAUUGAAAAAUUCAUAUUUUGCAACUUCUUACACCAGAGUAUGUAGAUUUCUGAUACAGCAUGAGAAUCUAAUGUAUUACCAUUGAUUAUAGUUGUAAAUGCAAAUAUGUUGAGAUAUGCAUACUUUGAAAUGUGCAGUCUUCCACAUGUAGCAUUAAUGCCUCUAGCAAGUGUUUGUUAAGAUGCCUGCAAGAAAUAUGUGUGACAGGCAGGCGAGCAGGGAAGCAGACAGAUAGACAAACAGCCACAGACAACAGCAGACAACAAGACCCAAACGAAGCUAGACAAAGACAAACGGACGAACAGAAACUGGCACACAGAUAGUUAGAAUGGCCCGAUAUUAUUUCAGAGCCAAUGCAUAAUAGUCAACACAAGCAGACAGCCAAACAGACAGACAU